CAUCAUCGAUAAUGUGUUAACAAAUAAAUAAAUCAAAUGAGAUAUAACUUCAAUUAUUCCCUCGAAGAAGACUCACAGAAAGAGCAUGAGAGAGUAACUUGGAGUAAAACACUACUACUUUAAGUCUUGUUUAGCAUUUUCAGAAGCUAACAUUUCAGUCCAGAAUCAUAGCAAAGGCAUGUCCUUUCACUUCUUCACCAAUUCCUUCUUGCACUCCUCAAUCUUUAACCAUUAGUCAUUUGUUGUCAAAAUGUUUUCUUUUUUUGAAUAAAACACACACAAAGUGAAGUUUUCUUUGCCCCUUUUCGUUGUUAAUUACAGCAAAGCUCAUUACAUGUUAAUAAGUUGACCACCAGCAAAGCUGUGUCUAUGUCUUUGUAUGGGACUCAUUAUUCUCUCCAAAUUUAGGUUCUGAAGAUACUUUUAACUCUUUGAUGAAACCUGGCACUUGACAGUCAGCUCUUUUUAUUGAGUCUAGUAAAAGUAAAUGCUGGCUGACCCUAUUGCUUGUUUCAAGCAUUAAAAACCCCAGAUGACAAAUCCCAUCAGUUGAUUUUUUUCUCAUUAAAGGCUCAACCUUUUAGUAGUACUGUCAUGGUGUCAUAUCAUAUCUCUUAUAACUAAGAGAGCUUUGUGGGUUUUGUUGCCUGACAGUAGAGAAGAUGGGGAGGGUACCUUGUUGUGAUAAAGAUGAAGUAAAGAAAGGACCUUGGACUCCUGAAGAAGACCAACUCUUGGUUCAGUACAUUCAAAAACAUGGUCUUGGUUGCUGGCGUAGCCUCCCUAAGAACGCAGGCCUCCUUCGAUGUGGGAAGAGCUGUCGGCUUCGGUGGACUAACUAUCUACGCCCUGACAUUAAACGUGGUCCCUUCUCUCCUGCAGAAGAGGCUACUAUUGUUCAUCUUCAUGGCAUGCUCGGUAACAAGUGGGCAUACAUGGCAUCUCAAUUACCAGGAAGAACAGACAAUGAGAUAAAAAACUUCUGGAACACCCACCUGAAGAAGCGCCUAACUUCUAUUGGUCCAAAGUUGCAGAUCAACCAGUCAUCCUCCUCUUCUGAACCUAUCAAUAUCAAGUGUAAAUCUCCUUCAGCACGCCACAUGGUACAAUGGGAGAGUGCUAGAGUUGAGGCUGAGGCCCGUUUGUCAAAGCAGUCAUUGCUUAUUAAACCAAUAUCAACAGCUAAGAGCCGUCCUGAUAUCUUUCUCCAAUUAUGGAAAUCUGAAGUUGGAGAAACAUUUCGCAUUAUUGAGGAAAAAGAUGGAAAAACAUGUGAAAGUCUUGUAUCUGACACACCUCCAUCGAUCAAAAAUGAAUCUGUUUUCCUCGACGACAUGGUUUCACCAAAGCCUUCCAAAACAACUACCUUCAUUGACACCACGCAGGAACAAGAAGAUACUUGCAAGCCAAAUGAAGAUGUGAUGACUGUUUCAGAUUCCAUUGGUUCCAAUGAAUUUGCUGAUUCUACAGAUACAGCAUUGAAACUACUGUUAGAUUUCCCAGGAGGCAAUGAUAUGGAAUUCAUUGGGGAAGAAUCAGAGUUUUUUCAACUUCCUUGAUUUUAGCUGCGACUGAAACUGCUUCUCGCCUUUUGCAUACUGUGGUGUCACUCAAAGGAGAUGAUGGUGAUUUUUGGGCACCUCUCUUCUAGCCUCUUGAUUUCUGGUAUAUAGGCUAUCUAGUUUACCAAGUUGGUUGACAAUUCUCUGCUUGAUCUCUGAAAAAGUAGAGGCAAUAGAGGUGACCGUGUUUCUAGUUUUCAUCUCUGUGCCCUCCUUCCAGAAUUUAAGUAGGGGUCCAAUGCAAAACAAUGUUGGAUGGAAGAAUAGUUUUUGAGGUCUAAAGUUCUUCAAAGGAGUACCGGAGAAUGUUUUUCUCUGCUCUGCCACACUACCAAGUGAUCCUGAUAGUUCUAUGGUGAACAUGAAGGGUGUUUUUUUUUUGUAUAUAGAACAACAUAUUAGCUUAAAUAUAAGUUUUAUUUCUAGUUUUCA